AUGGCUACGGUGUUCGUUCCGAAGAUGGAAGGGUUGGGGACCAGGUGGAUGGUCCAAAUGGGGUGGGACUUUGGCUCAGACGAAAUAGUUCAGUAUUCUUCAAUGGAUAGUUCUAUGGCUUCACUUAAUAUUGUUGAUGGGCAUGAAGAGAAUGAAGUGUCCACCAAAAAGAGACCCUCAAAGGGUGGUUGGAAAUCAGCCGCUUUCAUCAUACUUGUGGAAAUUGCAGAGAGAUUUACAUUCUAUGGAGUGUUGGGGAACCUUGUCACCUACUUCACAAAUGUUCUUGGUCAGACCAUUAGCACGGCCGCUAAGAAUGUGAAUACCUGGGUUGGUGUCUCUAUGAUCCUCCCCAUAUUUGGAGCUGCUGUAGCGGAUUCUUACUUGGGUCGAUUUAAGACCAUUAUCAUAGCUUCCGUCAUUUAUCUCCUGGGAGCUGUUCUGUUAGCCCUAUCAGUCUCAGUAGCUUCACUUCAGCGCAGUGCAGCAGCCUUCUUCGUUUCACUUUACAUACUAACCAUUGGGCUAGGUGGCCAUAAGCCAUGUGUCCAGACCUUCGCAGCCGAUCAAUUCGAUGAAAAUAUCCCCGAGGAGAAGAUUGCCAAGGUCUCAUUCUUCAACUGGUGGUUUUUCGGAAUAGAGGUUGGUGGCUCCGUCGCCAUAAUAGUGGUGGUUUACGUCCAAGACAACAUUGGGUGGGGGCCAGGCUUUGGGAUCCUAGCGGGUGCCAUUGCAGUGGCACUGGUGGUGUUUUUGUGUGGAAUCCCAACUUACCGACGACGACAAAAGGUGGCGAGCAGCCCCUUUGUUAGGGUGGUUCAGGUGUUUGUAGCUGCUACUAAAAAGCGAAGCUUGGAUGAGACGUCCGAUGGCUAUAAGGUUUAUCAUGAUCAUGUGGAGGGUCAAACUAGCGUUCAGAUUUUGGCUCGAACAAACCAGUACAGAUUUUUGGACAAGGCGGCUAUCAUUGAUGAGAUAGAUGAUUCGAACAAAACCAGAAAUUGUUGGAGGCUGUGUUCAGUAAACCAAGUUGAGGAAGUGAAACUUCUCCUACGCCUAGUCCCCAUAUGGUUCGCUUGCUUGCCAUUUGCCAUACUUUUUUCACAAACCGCUACUUACUUCACCAAGCAAGGGAGCACCACAGUAAGAACAGUAGGAUCCUUCAACAUCCCCCCUGCAACACUUCAAGUAAACGUAGCUUUCGCAGCCAUCGUUUUCAUACCGCUCUACGAUCGAGUCCUCGUCCCAAUUGCCAGAAAAGUAACUGGACUCCCCUCAGGGAUGACAACUCUACAAAGGAUGGGAAUUGGCCUUUUUUUAUCCACAUUUUCCAUGGUUGCAGCAGCUCUAGUGGAAGCUAAAAGGAUCAGCAUUGCAAGAGACCAUGGGAUCAUGGAUUCACCAAAAUCAAUUGUUCCAAUGAGGGUGUUUUGGUUACUCCCACAGUACAUAAUUACUGGAGUAGGCGCAGUUUUCUUCGUUGUUGGGAUGCAGCAACUUUUCUAUGAUCAAAUUCCAGAUGAGCUGAGAAGCAUGGGGGCAGCUGCUUCUAAUAGUACAUUAGGGGUGGGAAACUUUCUGAGUAGUGCUAUUAUAUCUAUUCUGCAGGCUAUAACCUCAAGGGCGGGUGAUGAAUGGUUGGGAAGCAAUCUUAAUCGGGCUCACUUGGAUUACUUCUAUUGGGUGUUGGCUGGUUUGGGUGGUUUGAAUUUGUGUUUUUUCAUCUGGGCUACCAUGGGUUUUGUGUACAAAAAACUUGAGUGGGAUGAUCCAAAUCAGAAGGAAGAACAAAAGCUCUCUCGUGUAGAGUAG